UCCCACCCCUGCUCUCUCUCCCAUUCGCUUCCCGUCAGUCUCCACUGUCCUUUCAUUAAAGGCAUUGAAAGCCCCCCCCCCCCCCCAAAAAAAAGACAUCCCAUAAGAAUGUUCGAUAUUUUGAAUGUACCUUGCAAACGGGACAAGAAGAAUUCAAUCGAGUGGUCUGUUUUGCGACGGAGAGAGAGGAGGAAUGAUUUUAUUCAAGCAACAAACAGGCGGUUAAGCUGGUGGGGACACGAAAGAGUUACGGCAACCCAGGCGGGUAUGAUGUCCUCCUUUCCAACAGCAGCAGAGUGGAGGUGGCGGAGGACCUGCCGCCAUUCCUUCAGAGGGACCCUCGGUCUCCUGACAGGCUGAUCAUUGCAGACGUCUGGGUCCGUGGCAAGAGGAGGGGAGAUCCUACAACUUCGCCACUUUGUCCAUCGGGAAGGAGGGGGACUGGACCGUCUUAACAACCACUCCAUCUACCGUCGUCAUGGCCGUCGCGGAUGUGAGGCAGCCCACGUCACUGAGGUCUGUGUCCACCAGGAGCGAUCAGACUGUGCGGACCUGUGACGGGGGUACAAAUCAUCAUAUCAUCAUACAAAUCAUCAAAUCAUCAUACAAAUCAAACUGAGGUGCCGGAGGUGCCACGCAGGCCAGGAUAAAGUAGCUCCCAGGUCGCCCACUCACCGCUGCGACAACUGCUCUCUCCUCCAGUGCACAAAUUCUUACACCAUCUCAUAUUCCGGAGUCCUGGUUGUGAUCGGGGGAGACGGGGAGGAGCACACCAUGACCCUGACCAAUUCUGCGGUAUUUAUUUAUGUCAGGGACAACUCUCUUUCCUCCAGCGCUCACAAUGGCCGUGUCUUGGAGGACCAAGUGUAAGGGUCCUGUCGUGUUUUGUUUUCCCCAUUUAGUGUUUUCCUUCAUGUCUUCAUCUCUUUACUUCCUGUGUCCUGUUCCAUGUGUUUCUUUGUUUGUUUUGCCAUGUGUUUCUGUUCCCUGUGCCCGUGUCUCCGCCCCUCACCUGAUCCGCGUUAGUCUGUUAAUUAUGGUUUCCACCUGUCUUGUUUUACCUUGAUCAUUGUCCACCUGUUCCCUGUUACCCAUUGUGUAUGUAAACCCUCUGUCUCCCCUCAGUCCGGGUCGGUUAUUAGUCUAUGUGGGUUGUGUUCCAGAAUAAAGAUUCUUGUAUUUCAAAGAUUCCCUUGCCUUGCCAUACUUUGCCCGUGCAGCCGUGACAGAAUAACCGACCGACAAACAUGGAUGAAGGCAAGUUUUUUGAUUUUGAGUCAAACUUGCCACUGCACCUAAUGCCCUGGGAGCUGUUCUGGGAGGAUGAAGAGGGGGAAACCACUGAGGAUGACUGGUCCUCUGAGGAGGAUGGACCAGGUCCCUCUCCAGUCCCAGCUCCCCAACACCCUGGGCCUGCAGUUCUUCCAGUAGUCCCAGCUCCUCACCUCCCCGCUCCAGUCCCGAUUCCGGCUCCCGCUCCAGCCCCGAUUCAGGCUCCGGCUCCAGCUCCCUCUCCAGCCCCGAGUCAGAGUCCUGCGCUGGCUCAAGCUCCAGCUUUUGACCCUGAUCCUGCUCCUGAUCUGGCUCCGACUCCAGCACCUGAUCCUGCUCCCGAUCCUGCUCCAGCUCUGACUCAGGCUUUCGACCCUGAUCCUGCUUUCGACCCUGAUCCUGCUCCCGAUCCUGCUCCAGCUCCGACUCAGGCUUUUGACCCUGAUCCUGCUCCGACUCAGGCUCCGGAUCCUGAUCCAGAUCCGACACAGGCUCGGGCUCUGACCGGUCGUCCAUCGGGCCGCCCGCCUGAACCGCCGUCCCUGACCGGCCGUCCGCCUGAACCGCCGUCCCUGACCGGCCGUCCGCCUGACCCGCCGUCUCUGAGCGGCCGUCCGCCUGACCCUCCGUCUCCGACCGGCCGUCCACCGGGUCGUCCGCCUGAUCCUCCGUCUCUGUCCGGCCGCCCGCCUGACCCUCCGGCCGUUAGCCCCCUCCGCCCACCCUGUUUGGACCUUUUUUUGUUUGGGCCGUCUGGAAUCCGGCCCUUUGAGGGGGGGUAAUGUAAGGGUCCUGUCGUGUUUUUUGUUUUCCCCAUUUAGUGUUUUCCUUCAUGUCUUCAUCUCUUUACUUCCUGUGUCCUGUUCCAUGUGUUUCUUUGUUUGUUUUGCCAUGUGUUUCUGUUCCCUGUGCCCGUGUCUCCGCCCCUCACCUGAUCCGCGUUAGUCUGUUAAUUAUGGUUUCCACCUGUCUUGUUUUACCUUGAUCAUUGUCCACCUGUUCCCUGUUACCCAUUGUGUAUGUAAACCCUCUGUCUCCUCUCCGUCCUUGUCGGUUAUUAGUCUAUGUGGGUUGUGUUCCAGAAUAAAGAUUCUUGUAUUUCA